CUUUCGACUUGCGAAUGCCCUGAUUGACCCAAGUUCCCACAGUCAAAUCCAUUGCUCAAUUGGCAGCUACUCAAGUUUGGCCUGUUUACGCUGCCAUAUCUUUUAUCCGAAUACCAAUGGUUUCCCCAUCUCUUAUUGCUUCUCAUCCUGGACUGCUAUCCAUCAUCUAUCUGUGCAAAUCAUACCAUUACCUACUCUAGCUUAAGUUGGCUCAAAAUCUACCUCAGAUCCCCCAUACUACCUACUUCUGAACCCCAAAUCAUCACCCGAGAGAUGGAACCAACCAGCGACAAAAAUUGGGCGGCCCAUUAUCUUCUUGACCCUCUAACGGCCCCGGAACCAUCGCAAGAGACGGGACCAGGGACAACGUUGCGACCAGGAGCCACUGUCGCUCCAGUCAAGCCACCACCUUCUCAACCAUCGCCCGGUAGAAGAUUAAGCAAAAACAACCCAUAUCGCAAAAUCUCGAACUCCAGUACUGGAUCCGCCGACAUCAGACGGAGUGUCUCAUUGAAUCAGCACUCCAACAACCCGUUCCAAGCAACUCCACCUCAAUCCCCCGAGUUUAUACGUUCCCCACACUCACCUCGCUCACCUGACCAUCGACAAGAGGCAUUUGGCCAGAAUGGCGGAGGUGGUCGUCGUCGCGGAAGCUCGCUAGGUGAAAGAUACCCCGGUGACAAGUCGCAUCGACCACUCGAUACAUUGACACGAGAGAAACACUCGGCCGAUCGAUCUCGCCACAUGACCAAGAAACACCACAUCCGGCCCGACACCAUCGACAACCUUGAUAGUACGGGACUAGGUACCUACCACCAUGGCGGUCCAUACGAUGCGACAUUGUACGCACGCAACAACUCAUCCAACUCACCAUUGGCGGCACUAGCCGAUUCCAACGCCGAGGCACUCAAGGCUACGCCCAGAGAAAAGAUCAUCGAUAGUGUCCAGCACCACCGGCCUCUAGAUGGAGUUGCCGCCCACGCUCCUGGACAGUACGACCGCAAUGGAAAUCUGUAUAUGUACGAAGAGGGUGAGAACAUGAUGGUGGACUUGGCUCCCGGAGGUGGCUCCUACAAGCGAUGGCCAGGAGUGCAGUAUCACCCCGACGACAUCAAGGGCAAAGGUGAACCCAGCUACAGCAUCGAAAAAGCACUCAAGGAGCACAAACUCGACGACAGCCGUAAUGGAGAGAAUGGAAUCGAGAUGAAGACCCACGGCAGAUCGACGAGUGGAGGUAGUGGUAGUGGCGCCAUGACAUCGUCGGGAAUGGAAAAUGGCCACACAGGCCUCGGUCGCAGUGACAGCGGCAGCAUGGGCAAGCGACUCAGCGGCGGGCUGAAGAAACGGUUUGGCAGUUUGAAAAAGAAGAAUCAUGCCGAGUAAUGGAUCUUGACUUUUACUCUUGUCGACGUCACUGAUAGAUGAACGAUUUGGAUAUAGGUGGUACUAUAUGAGGCGAAAAUGAGGAAAUCUCAUGACAUGAGACACUGGGGAAAGGGACCUCAAUGGGAAAGGAUAAGGGGCGACUCUUGGGCAAUAUUUCACUGGAUAUAUGUUAGAAAUCUGGAUUCAUGAUAUGUACUCCGUCUAGUGGUCAACAAAUGAUAUUUAUACGACCGAUCAUAUGUACCCCCUUGAAACAGUCAGGGAUAGGUAAUCAAACAUUGAAUG